AUGUCAAAUAAAAAAAGAACCAUUUUAAAAGUCAUCAUUCUUGGGGAUAGUGGUGUUGGAAAGACAUCAUUAAUGAAUCAAUAUGUAAAUAAAAAAUUUACAAAUCAGUACAAGGCGACAAUUGGAGCCGAUUUUUUAACAAAAGAGACUGUAGUUGACAAUGAACAGCUAACAAUGCAAAUAUGGGACACAGCAGGACAAGAGCGUUUUCAAAGUUUAGGAGUUGCUUUUUAUAGAGGAGCUGAUUGCUGUGUUUUAGUUUUUGACUUAACAAAUUACAAAACAUAUGAGUCACUGGAAUCAUGGAAAGACGAAUUUUUGAUUCAGGCCAGUCCAAAGGAUCCUGAUAAUUUUCCAUUUGUAAUAAUAGGAAAUAAAGUUGACGAAACGAAUAAGAGAAAGGUGCAAUCACUAAAGGUUUUACAGUGGUGCAAAUCGAAUAACAAUAUUCCUUAUUUUGAGACAAGUGCAAAAAACGCAAUUAAUGUGGACCAAGCAUUUGAUGAAAUUGCGAGAAAGGCCAUGAAACAGGAGCACCAGGAGGAACAAAUAUAUCUGCCCGAGACAUUUGCUCUGAAUAAUCAAAGCGAUCAAAAAAUAUAUAAAAGUCGCUGCUGCUAA